AUGGCAAAGACUGCUAUUGGUGACCUCUCAAAAAAACUGGUAGGCAUGCUCUCAUCAGAGACGAACAUGCCCGGACAGGUGCGUCAAGAAGUCCAGUUGAUAAAAACUGAUUUCAGUGGAAUGAAAGCCAUCCCGUUGAGUGCUGAUGCAAAGGUGGAGACCGAACCUCCGGUGAGAGAAUGGGUCAAACAAGUGAGAGAAUUGGCUUAUGACACCGAGGACCUCAUCGAUGAAUUCAGAGUUCACAUAGCCUGGUCUCGUCGCCAUGGCAUCAUGGGCUUUCUUCAUAAUAUUGUUCAGAAGAUCAAGAAAUGCAAAAAGAAGCACGAGAUCCACACCCAGCUACAACAAAUCAACAUCAGAAUUAAAAAGGCGGAGGAAAGCCGUUUAAGCUUGGGUCUCCAACCAGUCCCUGAUCGAGUCACCACGAAGGAGCCACAAGAGCCAGCGGCUCUCUUCGUCGAGGAAAGAGAACUCGUGGGCAUCGACAAGCGAAGAGAUCAUUUGAUCCGGUGGUUGCUGGAAGGAAGCAAAUCCCUGCGAGUAAUUCCGGUGGUCGCCAUGGGUGGCAUGGGCAAGACUGCCCUUGUGAAGAAGGUUUAUGAUAGCCCGAAGGUGAGGAGCCCCGGACAGUUUGAUUGCCAUGCUUGGUUCACUUUGCCGAAAACAGUCUAUGUCAAAAUGCUGCUAAGAAAAAUGAUCACAAAACUCAACGCUCGGGUAGGGGAAGACCCAACAACUGUUGUCAAGGUCCACGGACCCACUGGUUCCCUCCUGGGACCCUCAAUUUCCGUCAGAGUAGGAAGACCAACGGAGCGAAAAAGGGAGAUAGAGACAGCAGACAUGGAUGACCUCAUCCAAAUGCUCCGAGACCAUCUCAAAAGUAAGAGGUACGUGAUUGUUCUUGAUGAAUUAUGGAGCAUACCUGCAUGGGAGAGCAUAAAAUAUGCAUUUCCUGAUGAUGAACUUGGUAGCCGGGUUGUGAUAACAACACGGCAUUCCGACAUUGCGGCUACUGCCUCAAUUUAUUGUGCACCACCAGAUGAUGCUCUCGUGUACAAUCUCAAACGUUUGACUCCAGAGGAUUCUUGGACUCUGUUUUGCAAGAGAGCCUUCGGACCAAAAGAUACUUGCCCCCCAUUCUUGAAGGACUGGUCUGAAAAAAUUGUGAAGAAAUGUGGUGGAUUGCCGCUUGCCAUUGUGACAAUCGGUGGCAUCAGCUGCCAUCGACGCUACGAAGCCUGA